CCGCCUCUAAAACAUGAAACCACCUGGGCUGCAUAUAUAGAGAGCAACGCUCCCUAGAAAGACCAGAAACGGAAGCAAGGGCUCAUUAAGGGGGCAACUUACGAGCGGUGGCCCAGUUUCAGCGCAGCUCGCCAGAUUCACGGGACUCGCCUCGCCGCUAAGCCGAUCUGCCGAGAAUUAAACCCGGACCCUCGCAGGGGAGGAUAAACGAGACGCGUUCGGCCCGUUUCUCCGAGACAGAAUCUCUCCAAGAUGAUGAUGCAGCUGGCAGAAAGUUCAAACCAGAAGAACUCCCUCCUGAACGCCAUGAACCGCUUCAUCGGCGCCGUCAACAACAUGGACCAGACGAUCAUGGUGCCGAGCAUGCUGCGGGACGUCCCGCUGGACGAGGACCGGGAGAUGGGCUCGCUGAAGUCGGACGUGGACGACGGGGACAUGUACAGCUACUACGAGCUGCUCAAGUCCAUCCGCAGCGACAUCGAGUGGGGCGUCCGGUGCGCGUCGGCGGACGAGGGGCGCGCGGACAGCAUGAAGCUCGCGCGCCGGUUCUCCUCCGCGUCCACCUCCUCCUCCGCGUCGUCAGCGUCGUCCGAGGAGGAAGAAGAGGAGGACGAGGACCUGCAGAAGCAGUUCCAGUACCACCUGACCGGGCUGCAGGGGGUGCUGUCCAAGCUCACGCUGCAGGCGAACUCUCUCACCAAGCGCUACAAACAGGAGAUUGGCAUCGGAGGAUGGGGCCAGUAGCGCAGCUUUAUUCUGACGUUUCUCAUUGGACUGGCUGCCGCGAACUCUCUCAAUAGGCCUUAAUGCUGCUGCUGCUGCUACUGAUGAAAUGAAUAGACUAACACUUGAAUGGUAGCACGGAGGCAGCUUCAACGGUGUUGGUCUGCUGUGGUAUCGGCUGUAGAUGUGUUGAACUUCCAGGAAGCGGCCGCGUACACCAACUAUCAUUUUGCACUCCGUAGUGUUGUACGUGCCCUGCCCUCAGUGACACACAGAUGAAACAUAUUUAAUUAAGCCUUUAUUUAACGUAUAAUUUAUUACCUCACACUAAGAGUCAAAUGUUAUUUCAAGCUGUGUGACCCACGGGCAGGUCGCCUGGACCUCCCCUCAUGGGGGGAUACUGACACAAGACUCGGCUUCCGCUCUGCGUUGCCGAUGAUGUCAGUGAGUCCGGAUGAUUUGUGCGCGUGUGUGACCAGUGCCACUCUUAAUGCCCUGUCUGUGUCUUUACAUUGUGUGUGCGUGGAGGGAGGCAGACGCUGAACACGGCAGCCUAUGAUCUCCUUAUGUCCUACAUGGUCAAUGAACUGGAAUCAGCUGAUAAUUCUUCUGUAUAGAGAAUAAUGAGGAUUUCCACGAGAUGCAUUGUUAUUGUCAUUUAUUUGCUAUUACUGUUGCUAUUAAGAUGGUCCAUCUGUCUGAACCCCCAAAUGUGUAUGCACCUUCUGCAUUAUUUUAUAAUGUUUCUAAAAUAAACUUUUAUAUAAAUGCA